AAAUAUCUGCCAGGGAUGUUAAUUAUGUGGUUAAGCCCAUUUUGCAGAUAGCUAAGAGAUAGAGUUAAUGGAGGAGAACAUUGAAUUCAUCUCCAAUACAAUUGUGAAACCCACAAAUAGCUACAACUCAGCUCAGAGGAUUGAAUUUACACCAUUUGAUCUUCCAUUCCUUGUUGUUGAUUACACCAACAGAGGCCUUCUCUUUCUCGAACCCACUACCUUACAACUUUCAAAGCUGAAAAACGAGAAUGUAAUUGACCACCUUAAAAAUUCACUCUCUAAAACUCUAGAAAUUUUCCCUCCCUUCGCGGGCUGCCUUGCCACCAUUGAAAAUGAGGAUAAAACAACUUCUUUUUUCAUCGAUUGUAAUGACGCCGGUGCAUGGUUUGUCCAUGCCAAUGCUAAGACUGUUACCGUUGCUGACAUUCUUGAUUCUUUAUAUGUUCCUAGUUUUGUCCAUUCUUUUUUCUUGAUGAAUGGAGUUUAUAAAUUUGAAGGUCAUUCCAAACCCUUACUUGCAGUGCAGGUAACUGAGCUGGUCGAUGGCAUUUUCAUUGGUUUCACUUACAACCAUGCAAUUGCUGAUGGGACUUCUUUCUGGAAUUUUGUUAAUAAAUUGUCUGAUAUGUCAAUAAGUUGUGAAAAAAAGUUGUUACAGACUUCUAGGCCAGUUUUUGGGUUUGAUUGGUUUCUUGAUGGGAUUGAUCAUCCCAUUAGGGUUCCUUUCUCAUAUAAUGAAGCAAUUUCUAAUAGAUUUAUCUCACCACCUUUACUAGAAAGAGUGUUCCAUUUUUCCCAGAAAAAAAUUGCACAACUUAAAACCAAAGCCAACGCUGAGAUAGGCACAUCAAAGAUUUCAUCUCUUCAAGCAAUCUUGGGUCAGCUUUGGAGAUCCAUAAUUCGGCCUAGAAAUCUUGAUUCUGAUCAAGAAAUCUAUUGCAGAGUACUCGUAAACAUGAGGCAAAGAUUGCAGCCUCCAUUGCCGGACAAGUAUUUUGGAAAUGCAGUAUUAUUUGGAAUAGCAGCAACAACAGCGGGUGAGCUGUUAGCUAAUGGACUAGGCUUUGCUGCUUUGCAAAUAAACAAGAUGGUUGCUAGGCAAACAGAUAGUGAAGUGAGAAAGUAUUUGGAAGGUUGGGUUAAAAGGCCAACGUUAUCAAAACUCAGUUCUGCAGCAAGUAAUGCUCUGAUUGUAGCAAGCUCGCCACGGUUUAAUGUUUUUGGAAAUGAUUUUGGAUGGGGAAGACCAGUUGCCGUGCGAGGCGGAGCUGGGAAUAAUUAUGAUGGGAAGAUUACAGUUUUUCCUGGAGUGGAAGAAGGGAGUGUGGAUGUUCAGGCUUGCCUUUUGCCUCAGAUAUUACAUGCUAUGGAAGAAGAUGAAGAAUUCAUGGAUGUUAUAUGCACUUGAUUUGCCUCAAAGUUUCUGUUAUCAUUAAUGUUUCCAAUUCCCAGUUGAAAUUAUUAUUAAGCAAUAAUGAAAAUAAAUUCCUGGAUUUUCAUACCCAA